GAGACUGCUCAGAAAUCCCUUGGUAGAAAAGGUCACAAGAAAAACAAGAAGUCUAAACGUCGAAGUAGUGACUCGAUAGAUAAUGAAGAAGUCGCCUAUAUGAUCGAUGAAAGCUCAAUUGUUGAGUCCUAUUCGAGCAACGCAGCACCCCAUAUGGUGAAUGGAAAUGGUUCUGUCGACAAUGUUUCAAAUGGUGGCUGCUAUGAGAGAUCGUCACCGGUAGCUAAAUGCUCGUUAUCGAAAAGGAUGGAAGCCGGUGCAAGGAGUGCUGCUGUAAUGGUGACAUGGCCAUCGAGCAGUGAGAAGAUGUCUGUACAAAAUGGUGAUAGCGAUGCGUCUGUCGCUCCUGCUCAGUCCCUUGUCUUACACCAUACGUGGAAAAAUAAACAUCGUCGUGGAGACCCUGUCAAGGUUUCUUCAUACGUAAAGCGUCAGAGUACUCCUGUAUCAGCGACCAUCUCUGUGAAGCGACGCAUACCUCGCAUGAGUCCACGUGUAGAUAGAGUGAGUCAAUUGAACGUUUUCAAAGGUUCAGGAGUGAUCAAAGUAAGGAUUACAAUUCAUGGUUGA